AUGAAGUCCAUGGAGGAUCAAGUAGUCCAAGAAGAACCAGGGUAUCAGGAUGAUGAGGAAUCCUUUUUUCAGGAUAUUGACCUGCUACAGAAACAUGGAAUUAACGUGGCAGAUAUUAAAAAGCUGAAGUCAGUUGGGAUCUGCACAAUCAAAGGAAUCCAGAUGACCACCAGACGGGCACUAUGCAAUGUAAAAGGGCUUUCAGAAGCCAAAGUGGACAAGAUUAAAGAAGCUGCAAACAAGCUGAUUGAACCAGGCUUCCUGACUGCCUUUGAGUACAGUGAAAAACGCAAGAUGGUAUUUCAUAUCACUACUGGCAGCCAGGAAUUUGAUAAACUUCUGGGUGGUGGGAUUGAAAGCAUGGCAAUCACUGAAGCCUUUGGAGAGUUCCGUACCGGCAAAACGCAGCUAUCUCACACCCUUUGUGUGACAGCUCAGCUUCCAGGACAAAAUGGCUACACAGGUGGAAAGAUUAUCUUCAUUGAUACUGAAAACACUUUCCGACCAGACCGUCUUCGUGACAUUGCUGAUCGCUUCAAUGUUGACCACGACGCAGUACUUGACAACGUGCUCUACGCACGUGCAUAUACUAGUGAACAUCAGAUGGAAUUGCUUGACUAUGUAGCAGCCAAGUUCCAUGAGGAAGCUGGUAUCUUCAAGCUACUGAUCAUUGACUCCGUAAUGGCACUUUUCCGUGUGGAUUUCAGUGGUCGUGGAGAGCUGGCUGAACGACAACAGAAGCUGGCUCAGAUGCUGUCAAGGCUCCAAAAAAUAUCAGAAGAAUAUAAUGUGGCCGUGUUUGUGACCAACCAGAUGACUGCUGAUCCAGGAGCAACUAUGACCUUUCAGGCAGACCCAAAAAAGCCCAUUGGGGGCCAUAUCCUUGCUCAUGCUUCAACUACCAGGAUUAGCUUGAGGAAAGGGAGAGGGGAGCUGCGUAUUGCAAAGAUAUAUGACAGCCCUGAGAUGCCAGAAAAUGAAGCCACAUUUGCAAUAACUGCUGGAGGAAUUGGAGAUGCCAAAGAAUAG